CAGAGAGCUGCCUUUCCCGGCGAGAGGAGGGGCCACCCACAAAGCCCCGCUGCCUGCAGAGGGACAGAGUCCAGCCCCUCAGCCCCACGCUGCCCAGCUCCGGGGCCGCUCCGCGCUGCGCCCCCUUCCCCAGCCCCUGCCUGCGGCUCCCCGGGCGGGCGGCGGAGGGACAGCGGCUGGGCUCGCACACCGCGCGGGAGCCGGCGGCGGCUGCGGGCGCUGUCCGCGGGCUGCGGGUGCUGAUGGCCCUGGCCGCGGGGAAGGGGCUCAGCGGGGCCCCGUGAGCCCGCGCGGACCCCGCGCCCCAAUUCAGCCGCUGCCAUGGGCGCCGCCGGAGCGGGCAAAAGUUUGGCGCUGGGGAGGACGGGGCUGCCCGGCGGAGGGGCAGGGCGAGGCGCGGAGUAGCCCACGCGGGAAAGGAGGAAAAAAGUCUCUCAAGCUGUAAAUCUGCAGAUCACACCCAUCUGACCUGGAAAUUAACAAGAGGAAGCUUGCUGGAUUUCUAGUUUCCAUCAGUCUUACAGAGGACACAGCGAGGGGACUGUCAUUCUCACUAUAAAUCAAUGCAGAAAAACCUGUGAGAAAGGGGCCCAGGAGCUGCUACCCUGAAGCGUGGGGUCAAUGAUUGCUUCCUUGGCAUCGGAAAAGGGUUUGACCUGAAGCAAGGAGUAGAUAAACACCCAUUGCAAUGGAGCAGUUUUCAGGUGGAAAGAAAGAUGGGAAAUGCCUCUGAUUCCUCAGCGUUCACGUCCACCUUAUCAGAGAGAGAAGACCUGAUUUUCGGCACACUCUAUUUUCUCUUUGGCAUAGUCUCUCUCUGUGGAAAUUCCCUGCUCUUGCUGGUGGCCUAUCGGAAGAGAUCCAUGUUGAAGCCUGCUGAAUUCUUCAUUGCGAACCUGGCUAUCAGUGACCUGGGCAUGACGAUGACCCUCUUCCCUUUGGCCACGCCAUCCUUCUUUGCACACAGAUGGCUGUUUAACCAUGCGAUGUGCACAUUCUAUGCAUUCUCUGGCAUGUUCUUUGGCCUGUGCAGUCUUACCAGCCUGACAGUGCUAAGCACGGUUUGCUGCCUGAAGGUCUGUUAUCCAGCAUAUGGCAAUAAGUUCUCUCCCACACACGCUGGUGUCCUGUUACUGUGUGUCUGGGCAUAUGCCCUUGUCUUUGCCGUAGCUCCUCUAGCCAACUGGGGCAGUUACGGACCAGAGCCCUACGGGACAGCCUGCUGCCUUAAGUGGAAAGCUUCAACCAGGGAGGCAAUGAUCUAUAUUGUGGCCCUCUUCAUCUUCUGUUACCUCUUCCCCUGCCUUCUGAUCCUCAUCUCCUACUCGCUCAUCCUUUGGACAGUGAAAGUGUCCCGAAGAGCCGUGAAGCAGCACAUGUCACUACAGAGCAAAGCCAACAGCGUACACAGCUUGAUUGUAAAGCUAAGCAUUGCUGUGUGCAUUGGAUUUCUAGCUGCCUGGACCCCAUAUGCAAUUGUUGCCAUGUGGGCAGCCUUUGGAGAUGCCAACCAGGUGCCAGUUCUGGCCUUUGCACUCUCUGCUGUUUUUGCCAAAUCCUCGACGACCUACAACCCUCUGGUCUAUCUGCUCUUCAAACCAAACUUCCAGAAGUUCCUCUCCAAAGACCUGUCCCUGCUGCAGGCUAUCUGUGCUGUCAUCUGCUGCAGCCACCAAAGUGUUGUCACACUCCAGUCUUUCCAGACCAGAGAGGGCAGAACCUCUGCGAGGCUCUCCACAGCCUUCCCUGAGUCCCCUGGGGCUUGCAGGAACUGCAAUGACACUUUUGAGUGUUUCAGUAACUAUCCCAGGUGCUAUAAGCUCACCCAGCAGCCUGACCCUACAGCCAGGCCCAAUCCACUGGCAGACGGGCCUGCUUGCCAGCCGGCUCUAAAAAGGACCGUGCAGGUCAUGGUGCUUGUUACAAGGAAGAAGUCGGGAAUGGGGACUACAAGUGUGGCAGGAAACGUUCUGCCUUCAGAUCUUGUGAAAGAUCUUAUCUGAGCAUCCAGAGAGGCCAGGAGCUCCUGAGCAGGGCUAGGUCUCCCCCAUCCUAGACAGCAGGGAAUAUUUUAGCCUCAUAUAAAAAAAAUCUGUUUAUAUGUCUGGUGGGUCCUAACCUGCAAGACACCCUUUAUGCGAUACAGAACACUGUACACGAGCCUUCCAUUUUUGCUGUUGCAAUUUUGGGCCCACAAUUUGUCCCUGCAAAAAUGGACACUGGUGUCUGAAAAUCUGACUAUAUAUUACAGUUAUGGAUGUUUCCCCUGAAACAUGCGCCUCAGGGCCCUUUAUCUUUGGUUUUCCAUAUUCUGGUGCUUCAAUGGCCAAGCAUGAACUUUAUUCUCUUGAGAAGUAUUGUCUAGCAUGCAGGGCUGGGAGCUAGAAAGUCCUGAGUUCUGAUCCCAGCUCGGAUACAGAUUCCUGUAGCCUUUUACAACCAAGUCACUUAAUCAUGUCAGUAUUCCCACUGAUCUACCCCACAUGGGGGAUUGUGAAGAUUAAGUAGUUAAUGUUUGCAAAGUGCUUUGACUCUAAAGAGACCUCUAUAAGCACUAAGUAUUAUAUUAAAUCUUGAGACAUCACUCUGUGCUUAUGUCAUAUUACCCAAUUCUCUCACAUUAAUGCAAACCACCACCAUUAAUAUAAAAUAAAGUCCUGUCCUACAGAUAAGGAUUUGGGUUGACGAUGACCCUAUUCAACUAAUACAGAUUUCGUAUGCUGCUCCCCACAAUGUGAACAGCGAGACUGCAACUGCAUGACAUCCGUUUAGGUGGAUUUGCAGUGACGCAAGACUGGGCUUUAUUGUCCAUUUAGCUUUUUAAACAACAUGUAGGCAAAACAUUCCUAGGGGAGGGGACUGGGGUAGAGGAGAGCAGAGUAGUUAUCAAAUGGUCUGAUCCAAAGCCCAUUGAAGUUGAUGGAAAAAAAUCAUGAUUACGUGCUGAACUCUGUCACAGGGCAGCUUACAAGGCAGAAAACGAUGGAAGCGAGAAGCCCAUGCACCAAUCUGGUCAGCUCGCAUUGUUUCCAGAGCUCCACCCUCUAAUGGCAAAACUGAGAGAGUGGGCACAAAUAUGACACAUUUAUAUAUGAACUCCUGCAUAAGCACUGCAAGGAAUGCAGUUUACUAGAACAUUUGGAUAAAUAAGGGAAUCCCAAAACAAGAAUAUCCUUCUGUGAUAGAAAAAAAGACUAUGUCCUGGAUAUAUACAAAAGGAUCGAACGCCAGAAAUGCCAUGUCCAAGAGAACCCAGACUGGAGAAAGAGUGGAUACAUGGAAGACACAAAGAGAUGCCCAAUAUCUUUACUAUAGAGUUAGCUAUUGGAAUUACAUAUCCCAAACCAUAAAACAAACUGGGGAAAUGAAAGAAAUACAACACCCUCAGGAAAAACAUCUUCAGCACAUGGAACACUAGCUACCAUGUUGUACAAUAUGCAAAAUAUAUUUCUAAGAUCCUGUAGAAACUCUGUGGGUUACCAGGAACACUAAUCAAAUGAGGAGUGACAGAAAACACACACUGGAAAUGGAGCAGACAGCCAGGUAACUCAUACACAUUCUGGAUGCACUGAAACCAAUGCAUCUUAGAAGAAGUUACUGGCUAAGAAAAAUGU